AAAAAUGCAAUGGGUUCUUAAUAAUAUUUUCAACUUUAUUCUAUAUCCAAUAAUUAUUUAGUGUACUUUUCAAGUCCUUGUUGUUUCCUUUUAAUAAGAAUUCUGUCUCUCUCAUACCCAUUUCUUUAUUCAAACUCAAUUUUAUUUUGUGGAAUCUUUUACUCAACCUUCUAACCCACUUUUUUGGUAUAAUCCUGCACGCUAACAACCUUUGGUGUUCUUAUCUUUUUUGUUUCAGACUUUUGAGUCAUCGCUGAGUUUGUUGUAGAUUGGUGUUUGGAGCUGAAUCGUUUGUUGAUGGCGGAAUUCAUAGGGCCUCGAUUGUACAGCUGUGGUAAUUGUGGGAACCAUAUUUCGCUUCACGAUGAUAUAAUUUCCAAGGCUUUCCAGGGAAGACAUGGCCGAGCCUUUUUGUUCUCCCACGCAAUGAACAUCGUGGCAGGGCCAAGAGAAGACAGACAUCUCAUUACUGGCCUUCACACUGUUGCUGAUAUCCAUUGUUCUGAUUGCAAUGAGGUGUUGGGGUGGAAGUAUGAACGAGCUUACGAGGCAUCCCAGAAGUACAAGGAAGGAAAGUUCAUACUUGAGAAAUCAAAGAUAGUUAAGGAGAACUGGUAGCAAUACAUUCAUGAAGUUAAGGUAACUUUGUAAUGUUUCAUCAAGUUCUUCUUGUAAAGGAAGCUCUCACCCAUUUGGAAAUUUGUCAUUGUUUCUCAUUGUUCAUUCUUGCAAAAUACUUCUGUCUGGAAGUUGUAAUUUGAAUAUUCAAUUUCCAUGUUAAUAAAAUUGUGGUAUUCCUCAAAA